UGUUGUGCACUUUCUGAACACUCCUGUAAUGAGAAGCUUACAAUUUUUAUAUAUGGUAUUGUUUGAGUCACUGUAGGCAACAUGUGAGGAGUUUUUCAGCUACCCUUAAAUGUGACAAUGUACCGCUUUGAGGAUGAGCUUGGGAAUAUCAUAUCAUGCAUAGAAGGCCAUGUGGAAGAAUCCACAGGGUUGAUUUAUGUGAGAAGCUGGCAAACUGUCAGAAGAGGCUUGGAGACUUGGUGGAGCAAAGGGGACAGGGGCAACAUGAAGCUUGUUAAGAGAGAGUAAGUAGGGAGAGACAGAGCUGUGUAAGUGGUGACAAGAAGCUUAAAGGUGAUGCAGUAGCAAAUGGGGAGCCAGCAGGGGGAUUCAGAGCGGGAAGUUACGAUCAAAUCAAUAGCCAAGCAAUGUAAGUUUAGCCAGCAGCGCUCACCGUGUGUUUGAGAGAGAAAGCAUUCAUCAUGUGUGUGAGAUUGCUCACUGUGUGUAUGCGUGUGAGAGAGAGAGAGAAUGCUCACCGUGUGUUUUUGGGUGGCUGGAGAAGAGGCCUCUGGGACGUGGAGUAAUUAAGAUCUGAAUGAGAUAUUUGACUGGAGAGAGAAGGACAGAUGUUGGAGAUAUUGAAGAGGAAGUGGCAGAUUUGGAAAUAGCUUGGGACAAAGGAAAGGAGGAAUUAAAAAUGACUGAGAUUGCAGACCUGAGUGACAGGGAGGAGGAUGACAUUAUCAAUAGUGAUAGAAAAAGAGGGAAGAGGAGAAGGUUUGAGAAGAGAUAAGGAGUUGGGUUUUGACCAUGUUCUAUUUAAGACAUCCAGGAGGAGAGAUGUUGGAGAAAGAAGAUAAGUGUGCAGAUGGAUAGGAGACUUAGUGCUGGAGAGAGAUUUGUAAGCCAUCAGCCCAGAGGCGACUGCUGAAGCCAUGUGAACCGAUUAUUGCCCAAAAAUAAGGUUUAAAGUCAGAAGAUCAAAGUGCCAAGGACAGAGCCCUCUCACAGAGUGAGAGAAAGGAGGUGGAUCCACUGAAGGAAUGGUCAGAGAGGACACAAAGCACUGUUUAACUGUCAACCUUACCACCCUGCGUGUCUGGUGUUAUACAUGUAGCAAAGAGGUAUUUUUGGAUAGAAAAUUGGGAUCUCAUUCUCCAUUACCAAAUGCCAGACUGUCUCACCAAACACAAGGAAAUAGUGUACAGGAUUUUAAAAUACCUGGUAAUCCAACACUGAAGAUUCCUCUAGUUACUGUAUUUGAUGCUUUAGAUAUAGAGGUGGAAGAAGAUGAACUGAAGACAAGAGGUCUUACAGGAUUGAAAAAUAUUGGAAACACUUGUUACAUGAAUGCAGCUUUACAAGCUCUUUCCAAUUGCCCACCCUUGACACAGUUUUUUCUUGACUGCGGGGGCUUAGCACGAACAGAUAAGAAACCAGCGAUAUGUAAAAGUUAUCUCAAGCUGAUGACAGAACUUUGGCACAAAAGCAGACCUGGUUCCGUUGUUCCUACAAAUUUGUUUCAAGGAAUUAAAACAAUUAAUCCAACGUUUCGAGGCUACUCCCAACAGGAUGCACAAGAAUUCCUGCGUUGUUUAAUGGAUCUGCUUCAUGAAGAGCUAAAGGAACCUGUCAUGGAAAUAGAAGAUACCCAUUCUACAAGUAUAGAAGAGAGUAUGGAAGAAGACAAGAACCAGUCAGAUGUAGAUUUCCAGUCCUGUGAAUCUUGUGGUAGCAGUGAUAAGGCAGAAAAUGAGGCUGGUUCCAGACCAUUCUCAGAGGACUAUGCAGAGGCUACUAUGUUAAUUCAAGAUGUUGAAAACCACUCCCUCACAACUAAAGAUUGGCAGAAAGAAAAAACACCGUGUAAUAAGUUUAACCGAGCAAGUUCUAUGGAGGAUUUAAAAAAAGACAAAAACGCUGCUUCAGAAACUGCUGAAUUUUUACAUAAUCCAGGAACAGUCAAAGUGCAAAUACACAGCAGAAUUUCAGGUGACUACUAUAUCAGUGAUGUCCACAUGACUGAUCUGUCAGGACCGCAAAGCCCUCCCUCAAACGAAGGAGUGAAUACACGUUUAUCAACCUCUCCUCCAAAAUCAGGCUCAUUAUGGUCUGGAUUGGCACCUGCACACAAAAAAGUUCCAACUGUAUCUUCUCCAAAAAAGAAGAAAUACAAGAAAUACAGGAGUGUCAUAUCUGACAUAUUUGAUGGGACCAUCAUAAGCUCAGUGCAGUGCCUGACUUGUGAUAGGGUAUCUGUUACCCUGGAGACUUUUCAGGAUCUGUCAUUGCCUAUUCCAGGUAAGGAAGACCUUGCCAAACUGCAUUCUGCAAGUCAUCAGACUUCUCUAGUCAAGGCAGGGUCGUGUGGUGAAACAUAUGCUCCCCAGGGGUGGAUAGCAUUUUUUGUGGAGUACUUUAAAAGGUUUGUUGUCUCAUGUGUUCCUAGCUGGUUUUGGGGUCCAAUAGUAACCUUACAAGAUUGUCUUGCUGCCUUUUUCGCCAGAGAUGAGCUCAAGGGUGAUAACAUGUACAGUUGUGAAAAGUGUAAAAAGUUAAGGAAUGGAGUGAAAUUCUGCAAAGUGCAAAACUUUCCUGAGAUAUUGUGCAUUCAUCUCAAAAGAUUCAGACAUGAGCUCAUGUUUUCCACAAAAAUUGGUACCCAUGUAUCCUUUCCCCUGGAAGGACUUGAUCUUCAGCCUUUCGUUGCUAAGGACAGUCCAGCUCAGAUUGUGACAUAUGAUCUCUUGUCAGUCAUCUGCCACCAUGGAACUGCCAGCAGUGGACAUUAUAUAGCUUAUUGUCGAAACAAUUUAAAUAAUCUGUGGUAUGAAUUUGAUGAUCAGAGUGUCACAGAAGUACCAGAAUCCACUGUACAGAAUGCAGAAGCUUAUGUUCUCUUCUACAGGAAGAGCAACGAAGAAGCACGAAGAGAGAGACAGAGGGUAUCAAGUCUGUUGACUAUGAUGGAACCAAGUCUCCUGCAGUUCUAUAUUUCUCGACAGUGGCUGAAUAAAUUCAAGACUUUUGCUGAGCCAGGACCUAUUUCUAAUAAUGAUUUCCUCUGUAUGCAUGGAGGUGUUCUUCCACAUAAAGCUGGUUUUAUAGAGGACUUGGUUGUAAUGCUACCUCAGAACAUAUGGGAUACCCUAUAUAGCAGGUUUGGGGGAGGACCGGCUGUUAACCACCUGUAUGUUUGUCAUACCUGCCAAAUAGAGGCUGAGAAAACUGAAAAAAGAAGGAAGACUGAAUUGGAAAUGUUUAUUCGGCUCAACAGAGCAUUCCAAGAAGAAGAAUCUCCAUCCAUUUUUUACUGCAUCAGUAUGCAGUGGUUCAGAGAAUGGGAAGGAUUUGUGAAGGGGAAAGACAGUGAUCCUCCAGGCCCUAUUGAUAAUACGAAGAUUGCAGUCACUAAAUGUAGUAAUGUUAUAUUAAAACAAGGAGCAGAUUCUGGACAGAUUUCUGAAGAAACUUGGAAUUUUCUCCAGUCAAUCUAUGGGGGCGGGCCAGAGAUCAUGCUCCGACCACCUGUUGCUCCAGUAGAACUUGAUGUGCUUCAAACAGAGGAGAAGAUUGAAUUAGAAACUCGUAGUCUGUAGCCAUCAGCACAAAGAUGAAUUUGUAAGAAAUCCUUUCCACUUGCCUAACACACAUUCCUGAAAGAUGUUUAGUUUUUAUUUUAUUUUUGCCUAGAAAGGGGCAGCUCAUUGGGCAUUAUGUUAGUAACGGAAGAAUUAGUUGAAACUUAUAAUAUAGAUUGUUAAAAAAUUUACUUUGAAACCUUUCAGACAGACUAUUCCCUUCAUUUUUUGGAAGGUAUGUGAUUUACAUAUUUUGGAACAUUUAGUUAGUUGAAAAAAAGUCACAAUUUUUGCUACAUGUUAAAUCUAUGCUAUCCUUUGUAGAAUUAUAAAAUUGAGAUGAAGGAUUUUAAAAAUGCUUUUAAAUAUCGCUAUGAAUUGCUGAUCAGUCUUCUGAAAUUUACAAAAUGCAGUAUGUCUUUAAUUGUACAGUUUUGACAAGACUAGAUAUAAAAAGAGCAUAUUUUAAAUGGAUCAUGGGGAAAUAGUAAACACUCAGGAAAAGUUAAGUUUCACUUUGUUUUGUUUGCACUGCAGUGUAUAAAAUAAUGAACAGCAUAAAACUUUCAAAUGCUUUUCUUAUUUGAAUGUAUCAAAUAUAUAAUUAGUCUGGAUGGAAUAUUGUUAUGUCAGUAACUUAUUGCCUACUAAAGUUUAAAUCAUAUAAUAAGCUUCUGUAUAUAAACCUACCUAAUAUCUUCAAUAGUAUCAGUGAUGGAAAAAAAUCUUAGACUUCUUUAGGAUAUUUGUUUGAGAGCAUGAAGCGUGGAAUGUAAAUGAUUGUGGACAUGAGACUGAUGCGCACUUGAGAAAUUAAAUUGUCUAGUCUUUUUAUAAUUAAAUGCAUAAACAGUUCCUUCUGAAAAAAAUUAUUGUAUAGUUACAAAACACUUUUUGGCAUGAUUUGUGAUGUCAGAAGUUGGAUAAAAUAUUUGCAAGAUUACAAAAUCUUGCUGGAUAAUUUAUACUGGAAUGUGAAUGGCAUUCAAUCUUUUUUCUUUUCUUUUUUUUUCCUGCCUGAUAUAGCUACCAGCUAAUCAACAUUAUUCAAGGCUGGUUCAAAUAAAAAUGACCUUUUAAAAACUGGAAAUAUUUA